AUGGAUUUUCUGGGUUCGGAAAAGGAAACCGCCCGUGCAAAUCUGAAAUCGGUAGAGGUUCAACUUCGGGUGGCGAAGGAGAAAGCUGACAAGCGGGAUCAGCUGAAUGAAGAUCUCCGAGCACAGCUAAGCUCGGUUGUCACAGAAUGGGACGCCCUUGGUAGAGAGCAUGAGGCAAUGAAGUCCAAGCUGGAGACAACCUCUGCCGAUGCUAAGGAGAUGGUGGCCCAAUACAAGGCCGAUGUCGAAGCAGCCGAGGCCCUUCUGAAGACCAAUGCCAAAUAUGCCGGCGAAAAGUUCGGUAAGCUGGACACAAUGUUCAGUAACGCUGGUGUAUUGGGUAAGCCAAUAUCCAGCAUCUUAGAGGUCGAUUACGACAUAAUUAAGACAGUGUUCGAUGUAAACAUUAUUGGCGCCUUCUUUUGCGCGAAACAUGCUGCUAGAGUGAUGAUUCCAUUCAAGAAAGGUUCCAUUAUAUUCACAGCAAGUGUUGCAACAGUGGUCUCUGGUCUUGCCCCGCACGCAUAUGCAGCAUCAAAGUGUGCGGUUUUGGGGCUAUCCAAGAACAUUGGAGUCGAAUUAGGAAAGUACGGAAUAAAAGUUAACUGUGUUUCUCCUCAUUACGUUGGCACACCACUUGCAUUAAAUGGGCUUGGAAUAGCUGAGAGAGAAAUGGCGGACAAAUGGUUUGCAGAAGGAGGAAAUUUGAAAGGAGCAUUAUUAGAUGAAGAGGAGGUAGCAAAAGCAGUGCUAUAUUUGGCAAGUGAUGAUUCCAAAUAUGUGAGUGGUAUGAAUCUCGUUCUUGAUGGUGGUUUUAGCACUACAAAUGUGGCUUUAGCCUACAACAAAUUGUUCCCAUCAGACCACCAAUAA